ACGUAAAAUCGGUAAUGAAUUUGAAAAAAUUGCUAUGUUAUUGGAAAUAUCUGCGUUUUUAUCUGUUGUAUUUUAUUUCGGAAUAGCUUACGAUUCAAUACUUGACGACGAAGCAGAAAGAGAAUUCGAUAUCAUAGACCGGGACGCGAUCAGUAUUGACAAGUAUAAUGAAAAAAUAUCAAUAGCUAAGUACAUAGAGUGUGACAACUUCAGAGGGUACGCCGCGAGAUGCAGAAGCGACGCCGCACUCAUUUACAAUUCAAGCAGAAUGUCGCCGCCCGCGCCUUUGAAAAUAAACGACUGGUGCAAAGCCAUUAAGCUGCUGGUGAAAUGCGCUACCUUGUGGGACGCCAGCUGUGCCGACGUCACAAGCCGCCGUUUCAACGCCGAGACGGUGAAGGGGCACGCGCAUGUCGCUUACAGCAUUUGUGACAAUGAAGUAUUUGUCACUCAGUAUAAAGAAUCCCUGGCUUGUAUAGAGAACUCGACAAGCGCGUGGGAAUCCUGCUACGCUACUUUUGACAAUGUGCUGGAAGAACAAAAGAACAAUUCUCUUGAGUGGACUCACUAUGAGGUGCACUUCGUUUUGUGCUGUGCCCGGGCCCGGUUCCGUCGCUGCACUCUCAACCUGCUGUUCUCUUCGCCGCACUGCACGCAGGAGCAGGCGGUGGUGUUACAGAGGUUCUCUGCCAUAGUCUCAGAGGGUGCCGUGUAUCAGGACUGUGAUCGCAACAUGAUGUACGAAAAUUGUCCCGGUGGAGACCCCCGGCCAAGCGAGAGAAUGCUACUGAGGUUGACAAAUGGAAUACCAGAUGCCACAUCCAAAACAAAUUAA